AUGGUUCUAUUUCGUACUGAUUCUUCUGCGUUCAACCUCAACUUUUAUUUGGCACACCCGAGGAUAGUGGCCGACGAUGAAGGUAUCUCGAACUCUCUAUAUGCAUUGGAAACCCAGUCUGACGUUCCUAGCAGUAUCCGUCUCCGCCGUCGUUUUUCUGAUAGGCGCAAGCGUACGCCCACAAACCAUUUCGCUGAACCCUCGUCUCUCACCUUGUCGCUCCAGGCACCCACAUCAAAGGCAGACACUCAAGGCGCACUCAGACCAUGCCCAACUUCGAGAGUCGUCUGGACUGAUCCCACUCAAAAUUAA